CCACUGACAACAGACCUUUCCUCACUAGUGCUACACACUCCUGCAAUACUGGCUACACUUCACUGGAGGUACUCUCAUUGGAGGUACCACCAGGUUCUGUGUGAGUGGAGGGAUCUGGAGUGGGUCACCUCCAACUUGUCAAGCAAAUACAGGACCCACUGAUCCUCCUGCACCCACUACCUGCUCUGACUUACCCUUCCUGAUCAAUGGGAUGAUCAGCUACAGUGCUGGAUCCCCUGGCAACAGACCUAUCUUCUCUGCAGCUACCUACAUCUGUAACACUGGCUGCACUCUCACUGGAAGUACCACUACCAGGACUUGUGUGAGUGAUGGAGUGUGGAGUGGGUCAGCUCCAACUUGUCAGCCUAACUGCCCUGACUUACCCUCUAGAUCUCUGGCCAACGGGAUGAUCUUCUACAGUGCUGGUGGACCCACCAACAACAGACCAGUGGGCAGUACAGCUACUCACUCUUGUGACAAUGGCUAUCGUCUUGUUGGAGAGGCAAUGAGGACUUGUAGGAGUGGGGGUACCUGGAGUGGGUCAGCUCCAGUGUGUCAGAGAACUUGUUCUGAUUUACCACCACUAAUGAAUGGAAGCAUUACCUACACUGAUGGACUGGCUGACACCAGCCCUGUUAAUACCCUUGCUACCUACACUUGUGACAAUGGCUACACUCUCAUUGGAGGGAGUGUCAGAGUUUGUCAGAAUGAUAGGACCUGGAGUGGAUCACCUCCAACUUGUCAAUUACCUCCUGUCUACAUCUCCAUGGGAACCACCAACUAUGCUGCUAUGAACUCACAGGUUGCCAUAGACACUAUCGGAGAUACCACUGAGACAGCAUUGACUUGCAGAACUGACUCAAAUAUUUGCUGUACAGGACAAGAUAACCCCAAUAGUGCCAAUGGAUUAGGAGAAUGGCUGUUUCCGAAUGGAACAUCUAUCACUAGGAGUCUGGACAUUACUGAUUCAGACACUGACCUACUGUACAGUGUUGGAGAUACAGGUGCACUCAGACUCCAUCGUCGAGGGUCUGUGUCAGGCCCCACUGGCUCCUACUGCUGUGUGAUUCCUGACAACACUGGAGUAGAUAUGACAUUCUGUGUGCAGUUAGUUACUGAAGUCAUCACUACCUCUCCUCCCAUUACUACCUCUACUGAUGAGAGCUCUCUCUGUCAGAGUGACGACACUGGUGCUGUGGUGGGAGGAGUAGUGGCCCUGGUAGCAGUGAUUGCAGUGACUGUAGUGAUGGUGACCUACCUAGUGCUCCGGUACAAGAGAGGAGGGAAAGUGAUUGUUCCUCGAGAUAUCUCCCUUACUGACCACGGUCAGAGUGCAGCCGCUACCUACGAGACCGUCCCUGCCACUUAUGAGGAGAUCCCAGCCUCCAGAGAGGUCAAAGGUGACUACAGCUACACACAGAACAAUGCCUACUCGACUGUGAGUGGGCGUGAGGCUCCUGCUGCUGGAGGAAUACAAUAACUGAACUAUCACAUGACUCAAGUAGAUAAUAAUUAUGUCUUGAAUUUUAUUUGUUAGUUUGUACAGAGCACACAGUUAUACAUACUUCAUCAGCCCCUCUCCUUCUCACAAUGUUUUUUAUCUCAAAAAUUUGAUGGUUUUCCAUAAUGUGGUACAAAACACCAUGUGUGUAGUUUAAUGUUCAUGAAAAUGCUCUUCACUGUAUCAGCCGA